AUGAAAAAACUUUCAACCUUAGAUGAAUCAGUAUCAUCUCCUUUAAGAAUGGAACAACUAACAAGCGAAACAACUGGUAAAAGAUAGCAGGAGGGAAGGAACAAUCAUAAAAGAGAGAAAAGUCCAGAAGAGAAACCGAAUAAACUUUAAAAUGCAGUAAGAAGGCUCAAAUCAAUGAGGCAAAAUACUAUUAAGACCCUCAGUUCUAAUGAGAGUGAUACAGAGCAAUAAGAAUUUAAGCCGACUACUGACAGUCAUCAGCAAAAUUAGAUUAAUCAGGAAGAAGAUGAUAGACCUCUGGCAGAAAUAAUGUUUGGUGGGGAUUACGAUUAGGAUGAGUAGAAUAUGUAAACUAACAGCUUUAAGCGAAGAGUUAGCAGAGUUUUGAACAAGAUAGAUCAAUCAAAUGAUAAUUCUAGAAGGAACACACUCGCUAAGAAUGAGCUAUCAUAGAGCAAGAGAAAUUCUUUCCUUGAAAAAAGCAAGCAAUAAAAGGUAGACUUUAAUAUGGUGCCAAAUCUGGAUAUUCCGAAUAAGAGGUCAGGAGCCAGAAUGUUUUUGAAUGAGAGGCAAAAUGAUUCUACCAAUAAUGAUAAUUAGAUGUAGAAUGCUGGCUAUGAGACUGGUGAGGACAACAAAAACUCUCUGGAUAGAGCUCCUUAAAUGCCAACGCUCACCAAGAGCACAUCUGAAUACCGAUCGUAAACGAAUAAAGUCUAAGUGCCGCAACUAAAUAUUACUAAUUUAGGUGCAAGCAAGAGCAGCCUAACUAAGAAUCCUUUCCAAGAAGAGGAUCUCAAUAUUCAAAUGUAGCAGAGUAGAAACGCGACUCUUAAGUAUUGUUCUGCGAUUCAGUUGUAUUAUUUGGGAGACCUGAAGUAAAGCUUUGUGAUCCAUUCACUGUCACCAGUAUUAAAUAGAGUCGAAAUUUCCAUCAGGCCCUAAGUUGUUUAAAAUAUCCCUUAUGGUGAAGAAACAAGCAGAUGGUAGCUAGAGUAGAUACCAGAUUGGCAAUGUGCUCCAGCUUUGAAGUCACAAGGAGAAGUUUUCAGAAUACUUCCAGCAGUUGACCAUAAUUACAUUAAGAAAAUUAGAAAGAUACUUAAAAAUAAGAAGGAGCUUGAUCCUCAUAAUUAGUUCAAGUACGGUGAAUAUCUUGAAAGCCUAAAUGAAGAGAUGAAGUACAAUCUUGAUGUCUUCGAAGAAUAUAAAAACUAAUAUGUUAAGUUUGGAAGUUAGGUAAUGAUAAUGCAUGAGAACAGUUAACUAUUCUUGAAGAUAUCAUCUCCUAGUUUAUUGAAAUUAACUCCGUAUAUAUCAGAAAAGACUAUGUUUAAGCUCCUACCAUCUAGUAAGAUAUAGUCAGAAGGAGAGGGAAAGAUUUUGGAAAACGAUUAAUUCUUUUUGGGAUAUACAUAUGAUAAGAUUCUAAACAAGGAUCUAUAUCUAUUUCAGGAUCCAGUUCAACUUGAAAGGUCUGCAACUAAGAAGAAAUCCUCGUUAGAAAAAUUCGAAAAUUUCAACCUUGAGCUACUAUUUUCGGAAUCUAAAAAACUUCCAUUACAUUUUGGCAUCUGCGAAUCCCUAGACUUUGAUAGAUCUGAGAACAUAUUCAAGCAUCUCAAUGGAAAAGUUAUACAGAUCAAGCAUAUAGAAUCUGAGUUAUAUCUUAGUUAAACAAUUAAGAGAAAAGAAAACAGAAUUCUUAGCUAAUUUUUCGGAAGCACAAACAGAUAUUAGCUUAAUAAACUCAUAGAUUAUAUUCCUAAAGUCUAUGGCAAUGAGGCCUCAGUCAAUGUUCAUUUUGAGCCUAGAGCAUCCAUCAAUACAUACUGGAAAGUCUAUGCUUCCCCUCAUCAUAGAGACGCUGUAUUCUUGGAGAAUGCAGUGAGUAAAGUCAGAAUUAAGGGUCUUCAUUUAAAUGCUUUUAGCAAAGGAGGUGCAAGAAAUGAAAAUGGAGAAGAAAGUCUAUUCUAUAAAAUAUUCUAAGAGGAAAAUACUCUUUCGAGCUCUCUAAAUGUUAAAAGAUCAAGUAUUCAUGAAAUUAGUGCAGAAAGAGAAUAUUUGUGGGUAGAGUAUCUUAAGUUUAAUAGGACUGAAAAUAAAUACGAAUUUUCCAAAUUUGGAUCUAUGAAAGAUGAGGAUAAGGGAAAUCUUUUCGAUACCUUUAAGAUUUAUACAGUAGACUCUUAUUAACAACACUCAUUCGAAUUCCUCCAUCAUUGCUUUAAUUCUCUCAAAUCUUUUGAUUCAUAUCAAGCUGACAAUCCAGAGUGCCAAGAAUAUGAGAGAAUCCUAAAAGUUAUCAUCUAGUUGAAAAGGUUUGUUUAAAAUAAACUUAGUGGGCUGAUUAAUGUCGAUGAACCUUACGGAGAGCCUAAUUUAACCAAUCAAAACCUAUACAAGGAAUCUUUCAUAAUUGAUGAAAUCAUUGAAAUAGUUGACUUGAUAUGGCCAGAUGAAAAUUAUAUGAGAAAAGACUUUUCGGGCAAGAGCUUAUAGGAGCUUAAUGAUGUCUAAAGUGAUGAGGAGUCAUUUAAUUCUUCAACUUUUUCUCAUAAUAGUGAUGUUCACCGAGAGACUAAAGUCAAACUUGCAGAGAAGAUAUUUGAAUUGCUUAAGCUGAUUUGUCAUGAUAACUUCGUGCUUAAAGAGUUCGUAUUCUUUGAUAUAGUGCCAAAUAUCUAGAAAUUCGUAAAACUUUUCUUAAAUAAUUCAACUUUUUAGUUUGGUGCUGGAUUUAGAAAGCAAUAAGACUUCUAGUUAUUUAAUUAUCUUGUUUAGGAUUGUGAUUAAUAUGCUGACUAUAAGGAGAAGACCAAAUAUAACAUCAUUUUUUAGUUCAUGAAAAAACUUUAUGUAUAUAUAAAUAUAAUCUUAAUUUCAUAAUAGAAAGACAAUACAAGCAAGGUAGAGAGCAAUUUAUUCUCUAUUCUGAGAAGCUUCUGUAUCAAUCCAAAGGGUCAGCCUAACAAUUAUCAUCAGAAACUAUUGCAUGAUCUUUUUUUCUUCAACUAAUUAGAGGGAAUAAAGUUUAAACUUAAUCAAAAGCCUAUCAGCGCAGUAAAACAAUCAGUAAAAAGAUCAACUGUGGUCAUAUAAAAUGAAGACUAAUUGUCUGUAAGGAAACUUCAAGAAGAUUUGAAAAAAUUUGAUGAAAAUAAAUUUAAUAAGAGUUAAAGUUUGAGGGCUCUAAGGAGUGAAACUUAAUCCAAACUGCAGAAGAAUACCAAUACGAGAUCUAAUAAGCUACUUUAGCCUAUUAAGGAAAUUAGAAUGGAUUUCGGUUCUAAAAUUAGUGAUCAUGAUGAAAAUAAGGAGGAGGACAAUAACCUGCUGUCUUUUGUGACUACCAAAUCAAAAGGUAAGAAAGGAUAAUCAUUUGCAAGUUCAGCUUAGAAAGAUAAGAAGGAGUAAAUAAAUGAGGAAAUGGAGAGUCAUAUGGAAUCAGAUUAUGAGGAACUUAGAGUUGAGACUAUCGAAGAUGAAAGCUUCCUAAUCAAAAGAAUUCAUGAUAUAACCUUUAAUAAGCUUACUUCGAAAGUUAUCCUUGAAAACACCAAAGACUCUAAUCUCAUCAAGUUAGAAUUAUAUUUCUUUGCAGAUCUCUGCUACCUCAUGAAUUUUGAUUGUCCUUGCUCAAAAUUCUCAUCAGCCACUGUCCAUAAUCUUCUGAAAUUACUAACAAAUAAAAAAAGUAAACUCGAUACCAAUAUCAAGGCAGGUUUGGCAAGAAUACUGAACACCAUUUUAAGAAAUCAUGAUGAUAAUGUUCAUAGUCGUCCUUACUUCUUAAGAAUGUAUGAAAAGCAGGAAUUUGUCCCUCCUCAUGGCUAAGUCAUUAUAAGUAAUGAAGAUACGAGAUCUUUGGUGAAACUAACAAGAGAAAAUUUUAGAUUGAUGUCAAUACAACACUCUUACAAUUUCUCUGACUUCGACUUUGAAAUGAUGAGACUUACUUAGUAUGUCAUCUAAUCAAAUCUUGUAUUCCAGAAAGAUUUUAAUGAGGGCUACCUUUAUGUAACAGAUAUUUUUGAAGACAUUGGGGGAAUGUUCAUAAGAAGGAAAGAAAUUGAAAAAAAUUAGAAAAUCAGUUCGAGCAAGAGUCAUCUAAGCAUAUUAACAAACGAUCAACAGUCUGAAACUACCUUGAAUAUUUCAGAGUUCUAAAAACAAUUCAAAAAAAUGAAGUAAAUUCUUGACUUUUAAAUCAAUAUUUUUCAGGAAAGUAUUGCAAUAGACAUUGGGAGAUUCUGCAUCAGGUAUGAGUGA